AUGGAAGACAAACUGCCUAUUCGAUUACCAAUUAGGUAAACAACGCGAUAGUAUUUGUUAGCGCGAUGAUUUUAAAUAACAUAAAAUCACGUUUAGUAUGCAGACUUUAUCGAGUAAUUUCAAGAACAAGUUGAACAGGUAUUAGCUCAUCUGCCAGCAUUUUUGGAAAUGCUGUCACCGGAACUACUUAUAUACGUUGUAGCAACUACGCAAAACGGCAGUUGGCCUCGCCGAACACAUUCGAAUUGGAAAUGUUAAUCUUUAAGAAGAGGACAACUCCAUGUAAGGCUGCUGGGCUUUAUUAUCAAGGAAGGUUAUUGUCGAUCGAACGAAGCUCGAACGUGCAUUUGUCGUCAGCGACCUGGAAUCAACUUACCUUCGGGAUCAGCGCUCGUCCUCCAACGUUUGGAAUGACUAACGUCCCAGUGUUUAAAGAUAGUUGGCUAACGAAUUCGUAUAAAAUGAACAACUACGAGGAUGCAACAAGAAUAAUAACCAUACUAAAUCACAUAACGGCAUUCCGAAAUUUCGUGGAUCAAAAAAAAAACCAAUUCAAAUUUAUCUGCAGCUGUAUUUGGAGCAUACUUCUGAUUAUGAUCGUGAUCAUUCAAUUUCGUAUUGAAAUUCACAUUAUAAAGACUUGGUUUGAUAUAGAAUACUUUAUAUACAUGUUUCAAUAUUGUUCCCAUGCAUUUGGCUACACAAGUUCAAUGAUCAUUGGUGUAUAUCAAUCAAAGAAUGCAUUAGCGUUGGUAAAGCAGAUGGACAAAGUGGACAAAAGUUUGAAGAAGCUGGGAAUUACGAUCGAUUAUAACAAUUUAUUUCAUCACGUAAAGAUCAUUGGAUUCUUCUGGCUAUUGAACGCGGUCAUAAUAUAUGGAAUGUUCAUGAAAUGGAUGGUGCAAAAUUCACCGUCAUUCUUAAUAUCGUCUACGAUUGUUUACGUUUACAUGACGAACGCCCAGUCAAUUGUUUUAUACGAUUACAACGCAACCAUAUUUUGGCUAAAAUCGCGAUUUAAAUUGAUAAACCAGCUUCUGAAAACGUAUCUCUUGGAGAACGAUGAAACGAAAAACGAGGAAUCCAACAGGAAGACUUACGAAACAAGUAAUAAUUCCCAAAAUCGAUUGGAAACUGACGAAUGGUUGCCCAGUCGUUCUCUGGUAGUGUCACAGGUAUCUUCGAUGAACGAUACUUCCAGUUUUAAACAAGGAUUAUCUAUUGAUGAAAAAGCCCGUUUAAUUCAACAAAUCAGGUUCCUGCAUCUGCAAGUGUGCAACGUCUCGAAGAUGGUGAACCAUAUGUUCAAUGCUCAAAUAUUAAUAUAUGCGUUUACAAUGCUGAUAUACAUCAGCAUAACGAUCUACUUCAUAUACAUGGAAAUCAGCAAAAAGUCUAAUAUCAUGGAGUCGUUUGAUCUGAUAUUGGUAUUCCUGUUCGAUGGCAUUGUUGCUAUCUUGAAAAUCGCUGUAGUGAGCUAUGAUUGUGAAUGUGCAAUGAGACAGGUGAAAACUUUAUUUCUUACUUUUUUAAUCUAUUGUGUUCGUCGAAUCAAUUUUUACCAAAAAUCACGCAUUCCCAUCGUAAUAAAAAAAUCUCUAAAUCCGAGGUAAAUAUCAAACGAACACUUUUAAUAUAUCAUUCCUAUUGCAUAGUGAAGAUUAUUCUGAAAAAUGUUUUCCACAAUUGAAUCUAAAACAAGAUUAUCAGGAAAUAUUCGAAAAUAAAAAUUAUUUUGAUUCAUUAUUUCUUAAACUUAAAUAACUAUGUUACAACACGGAAUAAAGUUAUAUAGUUUGACUGAUUAUAAAAUAAACUUUUUAAAGAUGAAUUUUUUAUUUGUUAGAGUUGUUGUUAAAGUAGCAAGUUUAAAGUUUAACUUAAUCGAUUUUCAGGCGAGUAAAACGAUAGGACUCAUUCACGCAUCAACCCUGUAUCGAGAAAGCGCGAAAUUAAAGAACGAGGUAAAAAAUUGGACUUUUACCAUUUUGCAUACUAAAUGGAAUUAUCUUGGCAAAGUAAAGUUAAGAAUUGAUCCCUUUAUAGAUUCUCCAAUUUCUGUGGCAAAUAUCGUACAUGCAACUUGAAAAUACAAAAUCGGUUUAUUAUAGAUUAAACUACAGCUUCGUUCGUGACGUUGGUACCUUUUUAUAUAUUUAAUGUUUAUCUGUGUAGGAUACGUUAGAAAUUGAUUCGUACGUUUGUUACAGUGUCACUACUUCAUCAUA